CGAUGACAGAGUGGACUUCUCCCAAAUUCCUUCUAUUCUCACUCUAACCCUCUCUCUCUCUCUCUCUCUCUCUCUCUGAGGUUUUCUGUUUUCUCCCUUAUAUUUUUGCUAUUUACUACAUAUAUAUGGUGGGAUAAAAAUCAUAAAAGUGGGAAGUUUCUAUGGUAGAUCAUCUCUCACCAUUCACAGCAUGACAUUUGGGGAUCAGACAAAAAAAAGGUAGUUUAGUAAUUUCAUAACAGCCAAGAGAGUGAGAGAGAGAGAGAGAGAGAGAGAGGUCCAAUGACCACAAAGCAGAUAAAAUAGAACGAACCACACAGAUCUCAACUCAACAAAAUGCUAAUGGUCAAAACUGCAACUGCCAUUCAAUUCUCCACCGGUGGUUGCUUCGAUCCAACCUCCCGCCGGCUCUCUGACUCCGGCAGCUUCUUCAUACCUGGGAACAAUUUUCGAAGAUCACCAGAUAGUUCUUGUGUCAGGAUGAGUGAUUUCCUUAAGAAUAGAGUGAGGGAUUCUGCCAAGGAUGAGCAGUCAAGCUCAGUUGUGGGGUGGCCUCCAAUUCGUUCAUUUAGGAAGAAUCUUGCUAGUAGCAGCUCUUUAAAGCCCUCCCCAGAGUCUGAAAAAGAGGUCUCAAACAAGGCUUCAAACAAGAAACCAAUUAACAUUAGCCGAAAAGGAUUGUUUGUGAAGAUCAAUAUGGAUGGGGUCCCAAUUGGAAGAAAAGUGGAUCUUAAGCCUAUGACUGAUAUGAAAAACUCUCCUCUGCUGUUGAUGAAAUUCUUCAGAGGCCUUCUUGCAGCUCAAAGUGAUUCCUCUGCUGAUGGAAUGAAAAACAAGCAAGAGGGAGAGAAAACUAUUACUGGUCUGUUAGUUGGAAGAGGGAAAUAUACCCUUGCGUAUGAGUAUAAUGAAGGAGACAGGAUGCCUGUUGGGGAUGUCCUAUGGCAGUAA